AUGAGUAGGAAAAUGUUUCAGGUCAUUCAGAUCAAUGACUAUCAAGCGACGGUGAAAGCGAAAUUCUCCAGGGAAGAGGACCUAAUCGCGGUACUAGUGUUCCGUCAGAUGAAAGUAAGCGAAGUCAUAUACAUGUUGAACAAAAUAGACCCAGAAGUUCCACGCGAUAUAACGGCGACUUUGAAAGCAUACUUGAAUGGCCCAUACCCUACAUAUAAGCAUGUUCCCGGCCCGACAAAAGAUGCACUAUGGAAGAAAUUCAAUAUGAAAACCAACAACGAGGGAGAGCCAGAAAAAUUGAGGACACCCAAAAUCGAAAAUUCAAAUGGCUAA